AUGGGUGUAGGAAGAUCGAUCAAGGCCCAUAAAUUAACGCCGAAGUUUAUCGGACCCUUCCAAAUCUUGUCAAGAGUUAGCUCGGUAGCUUACAAAUUCGCCUUAUCCCCUAAUCCGAGCCAAAUUCAUGAUGUCUUUCAUAUUUCUCAGUUGCAAAAGUAUCAGCCAGAUCCCUCACAUGUCUUGAAACAUGAAGACAUAGAGCUGCAAGAUAACCUCACCUUUGAGGUGAAACUAGUGAAAAUGAUAGAUUCGCAGAUUAAGCAGCCGCGGGAUAAGACUAUUCCGAUGGUUAAAGUCAUCUGGAGGGAUCUAACCCAAGAAGAAGCUACGUGGGAAAAAGAGGAGACAUGA